AUGACUGUUUGCAAUGCCACCCAGAGCCAUCCUUCCUUCUUCAUUCUCCAAGGCAUUCCUGGGAUGGAGGACAAACACAGAUGGAUCUCUAUCCCAUUCUCUUCUAUGUACUUCAUCACUGUCCUGGGAAACUGCACCAUCCUCUUCACCAUCUCCACGGAGCGUGCUCUGCACAAGCCCAUGUUCCUGCUGCUCUGCAUGCUGGCUCUCACGGACUUGGGAAUGUCCACCACCACCAUUCCCAAGGUGCUGUGUAUUUUCUGGUUUGGCCAGAGUGAAAUCAGCUACGAGGGCUGCUUAGUCCAGCUAUUCUUCAUCCACUCCAUCUCUGCCAUGCAGUCCUCGAUUCUGAUGACUAUGGCCUUAGAUCGCUAUGUAGCCAUCUGUGAACCCUUACGCUAUGCCACCAUCCUUUCCAACAGCCGCAUUGGUCUCAUUGGCCUAGUGAGCUUAGUGAGAGCUGUUCUAUUCAUUCUCCCAAUGCCUGUUCUCCUUCAACAGAUGCCCUUUCGAGCAGAUAAUGUUAUCCCCACCACCUAUUGCGAGCACAUGGCUGUGGUGAAGAUGGUAUGUGUGGACACCACAGUCAACAGGAUAUACGGUCUGGUAGUGGCUUUGUUUGUUGCUGGGCUAGAUCUCUCAGCUAUUGCCUCAUCUUACGUGCUCAUCAUCCGGGCUGUGAUGCGGAUCUCCUCUAAGGAAGCCCACCACAAAGCAGUCAAUACCUGUACCACACACAUUUGUGUUAUGCUUAUCUCUUACACUCCCUCUCUCUUCUCCUUUCUCACACACCGCUUUGGCCGGGGAAUUCCAGCCCAUGUUCACACCAUUCUUGGAAGCCUUUACUUUCUUAUACCUCCUAUGCUCAACCCGAUAAUUUAUGGAGUGAAAACCAAGGAGUUUCGGGACAAGUUGAGCAAAUAUGGGUGUUGGAAGAAGGAGGCUAACAUUGUUGCCCUUGGCCAGAAACCUGUCUGA